CCCUUCACUUUUGGAAAGCAAAACAAGAACAAAGAAAGGUACGAGGGGUGCCAAGAUCAGCAUAGCGGUUAAGUUUGGUGGAGAUGAGUGUAGAGAAGGAAUCCUCCACUUCGCAUCGUCGUUUAUCCUGCUCCAAAUGCUUCGACGCUCUUUGGUUCUGCUAUUCUCCGGUUCAUCAAAUGCAGCAAUAUUAUAGGCUGGGAGUGCUUGACAAUUGUUCUGGAAAAUGGAAUGCUCUUUGGGAUUGUUUGUCUUUGAAAACCAAGCCCUCUUCUCAACUCCAGGAAAUUCUGGAAACUCGUGAGAGAGCCGAGUCUCACAUCUGGACUUUUCGGACACCUGAAGAAGCACGGUCUCACUGGAAGCAGCAAUUUGGACAUUUAGAUGAUAUGGAUUGACAAAUGUGGAAUGUUUUACAGCUUUCUUUUGAAUGCUGUUAGCAGUAUCAUAUCUCCAAUUUUGUAUAACAGAUCUGAAAUAAACUGAAACAAAGCUUGCCCUUCGCAGCUGAGUUGUUCUUUUCUUUUCCCCUUAAGCUUCUAUUGUCACCGGAGUUAAGAAUAUAUGACUUUUUUUGGCAA